AUGUCAUUGAAAAAAUUUAUACCCAUAUAUUCGAAUGAUGAUAAUACUAAUGAUGAAAUGGAAGUUGGUUCAUCAUCAGUUAAAGUUCAUCGUUAUAUAUGUGAUACAAAUACAGAUUGGUCAACACAAUCAACUAAUAUAUCAUCAUCAACAACAACAACAACAGAUGAACCAGGUGUUACUAUAAAAGAUGUUGUACCACGUUCAAUGUAUUAUCAUGAACAAUAUAAUAAUGAUGAUGAUGAUGAUUGUUUAUGUUCAUGCGCAUGUUGUCGUUGUGAAUGUUGUCCAACUGUAUCAGAUUGGUGUAUAAGAGAUCCAUAUGGUUUAUCAUGUGGUUUUACAACAUGGUUUUUAUUUAUUUAUGCUCAAUUUGUUAUUAUAUUUGUUAUAUUAAUACCUAAAAGCCAUUCAAUAAUAUUUAAUAUAAUUAAUUUAUUUAUAUUUCAUUUAUUAGAAAUACUUGCUGUUUCAUCACAUUAUCGAACAAUGUUUUCUAAUCCAGGUGCUGUUCCAUUGAAUGAUGCAACACCAGAGAAUUUAUUGAAAUAUGAAAAUGGUACUAUUGUUUAUCGAUGUGCUAUGUGUAAAAGUAUAAAACCACCAAGAUCCCAUCACUGUAGUGUUUGUAAACGAUGUAUAAAACGAAUGGAUCAUCAUUGUGUAUUUGUUAAUAAUUGUGUUGGACAAAAUAAUCAAAAAUAUUUUAUUUUAUUUACAUUUUAUACUUGUGUUAUUUCGAUCUAUGCACUUAUUCUUCUCGGGAUUCAUAUAACAACAUGUAUUAAUUCUGAUUGGAAUGCAUGUACAUCAUGGUCACCACCGGCAACUAUUAUUUUUCUAAUAUUUCUUGCAUUUGAAGCUAUAUCAUUUUCAAUUUUUACUGCAAUUAUGACUGGAACACAAUUAUAUUCAAUAUAUACUGAUACGACGGGUAUUGAAUCUUUUAAAGGAGAAAAAACUGGUAGUCGUCGUUCUAGUUCAUUUAUUUCAUCAUUAAAAAUAGUAUUUGGUUCUCAAGUUGGUUUAGCAUGGUUAAAUCCAUUUUCAAAACCAGUUAAUUUAAUAACACAAAAUGAUGAACGUGUGACAUUUGAUGUGUAA